UACCAAGUGGGUUAUAUUAUGUCAACGGCAAGACAAUACUUAGACACCUACAAAGUCCAAGCAGUAUCAUAUCAAUCUCCAUUUGAGACUUUGAACGUUGCUGGGAAGAUGGUAUUCAACAAGAAUAGAAAUGCGCUGGUAAUUGUUGCCGGUGUCAUAACCUUGCUAGGGUUGAUUCUACUCAUAGUUGGAAUCGUCCUCAUUACCAAAGCUAAGGACAAAUCCGGCGAAGAGUGCAAUGCCGGUGUCUCUGGUCAAAUCGGCGGGGGAGACGCAAAUCGUUGUCGUUAUUCCGAUGAGGCAAAGAGAGCGGGUGUAGAAAAAUUCCUCCAGAAAGUUCAAGAUACUUACUAUGACCUUCAUCCUCAAGAUUUAAUUUUCAAACCUGGGGGUGUUAAGAAUGAGGAGUUUAUGAAAGUGUUUAGACCGUACAAUCCGGAACCCAAAAACUUGAAGCAAAUCACCGACAAAGCUCAACAACUUCUAAAUGAACUAGAUGACUUGGGUGUCAACACGCUUCGCUUGAAGCCGCGUGAGAAGAAAGCCGUGGCUCAACUCAAGCACUACCUCCAAAACAAUUUCGGAAAGCCUUACGACUCAGAUUAUUAUGCUGGGGAUUUUCUAAUGGGACCAAAUUUGUUCUGCUGGCAAGAGAUAUGCAGCGUCGGGUCCUCGGAUAUCAGGUAUGGCCUGGGAAAUUUCCACCCCAAUAAUCUGGACGAUGUGCGAUUAUUUCUUAAUAAAAUUAAGUUGGUGGCAGCGACCUUUUCGACAUACGUCAAGAACUUGCGGUUCGGUAUCAAAGCUGGUAUGAUUCGCUCAGUUGAAGAAUGUAAAGCUGGAAUAGACGCAUUUAAACGAAAAUAUUUACAAGUAUCGCUUCAAGGAGAGAAAGGAAUUUUUGAUGAAGAUUACAUGAAACCCAUUUUUUCUGCCAAGUUUCUGGCUGGUUUGAAGCCCAGCCAUUUUGAAGAAUGGGAAAAAGAGAGUCAGAAGACUGUGAACGACUCCAUCCGGGAACACGCCCUGAGAUAUAUCAGUAAACCUAUUCUAGAUGUGAUCAGAUUUCUAGAAACAGAGAACCUUCAGCACUGUGUUCCAAGUUCUAUUUCAAGUGGCCUUGCAAAGCUUCCACUCUCCCAUGUGUACGUAAAUGGAAGUCAAACAGCGGAGAACACAACGAAACAGCUGCCAACCGGGGAAAAUCUGGACGGGAAGAAAGCAUACGAAUCGAUAUUACCAUAUUUCACGACGAUCUCCAAAACACCCGACCAAGUUCACCAGCUAGGAAUCGAGAUGGUUAAGAAACUUUACCCUGAGGUUCUUGAAAUCGCACGUGAUGUGACGAAACAGGCUGACAAGGACAAAGCGAAGGCACAGUUUAUCAAGCGAUUGAAUGAAUCGGACAUGUAUUUUACGGAAAAGCCGAUCCCUGCCAAUGAGUCCGACGAAAACGCGAACAAGCUUUGCAGCUCUGCAGAAGGAGCAAUGAAGUAUUGUCCAGUACGCUGGGAGGCUAUGCAAAGCUGGUUUUCAGAGGCUAGGAGGGUUAUGAGUAUGCUGGACCCUCAGACAAACGACAUGUUUCAUUUUUCCGGCCUUAAGCAUACCACACCAAACUGCCCAAUAGAUAUGGCACCAUCUUUCAACCCGUCGAAAGGAGCACAGAGUUACUUACGAAGCACCAAAGACUGCAGCAGAAACUCUCUUUACAACAUUCCGUUUUUCAUGGAAAGGCCUGGGCCCAAGUAUUCUGAGUGGAGUGUGAAUGCGCAUGAAGCGAGACCUGGGCACCACACACAGGUACAAGGACUUGUUGAGCAUUUCCGUGAUAGCUGUGGAGGUGUGAUUGGCUGGCUGGACAGGUCCACUUACUACACGGCCUUCACUGAAGGCUGGGCGCUUUACGCUGAGAAUCCGCUGAUUGCUAAAGAAACAAAUGUCUAUGACAACGAACCCUUUCAGAAGUAUGGUAUGCUAAAAUGGCAGGUUUGGCGUGCUCUCCGCCUUGUUGUGGACACAGGUUUGCAUUACAAAAGUUUCUCACGCGAUGAAGCACUUGGCUACUUUGCCAAGUACGCCUGGGACACUAGUGACACGGCAGAGAAAGAGAUAACUAGGUACCAGAGUGGUCCAGGACAAGCAACUGCCUAUAUGAUUGGUCAGCUUAAAAUCAUGGAGCUGCGAGAUUACGCCACCAAAGAACUUGGAGACGAUUUCAAUCUGAAAGACUUUCACUUCUAUCUCUUAGCACAAGGUUCUGCUCCGUUUAGCUAUCUAGAGGAAGGCAUUCACGAAUAUGUUCGAUGUGCCAAAGACAAGGACCAAGAAGGAUGUAAGGACGUGCUGAACCCUGUGGCCCCCGAGGGAGAGGGAGUCAGUGAGUUUGUGGGUGUGAUUGGGGAAGAAAGUUUCGAGCCAGUAGAGAGGCCCUUUUUAGAAGACUACAUAUAACCCAGCUACGAGCAGUUGCAGAAAUAAGCAGUGAAUUGACGAUGACAAUUUAGAUGAAAAUUACGAUAAAAAUGAUAAAAAAGAAAUUCAUAGCAACGAGAAGGGAAAGAAUCAUAGCAAUGUUAAAGACCGAGAGCGAUGUAGGAUGACGUGAGGUAAAGAACAGCGGAAACGAUAUUAAUUACACACUAGAAUUGAAGCCAAAAUACGACUGUCCUUUUGUGACUGGAGCUACAACUAUAGAGUAACCUGCGACGUAUAUGUCUCAGAUUCGUUCAACAGCCACUUGGACUACAGCGCUAAUUUGUAUGGUUUGACCAAAAAUAAAAAAAGUUCACUGCCAUUUUCA